UUGCAAGGAAAUACGGAAACAUAAUAAGAUGCAGAAGCGUUUAUCUCCAAAGAAGUAACAUCUUUUCGUUAAAACUGAGUUUCUAGUUGACUACGUUCGUACAUUUUGGAAUUUUUUUUGCAGAGCUCGGCAUUCUGAAUUCUGAAAGAUGGCGGAGAAAUCGUCGUCUUCUCAAAAUGCUGGAGUCAAAAUCGGGCAUUACAUCUUAGGAGACACCUUAGGAAUCGGAACAUUUGGGAAGGUUAAAAUUGCAACACAUCAACUGACAAAUCACAAAGUAGCUGUGAAGAUUUUGAACAGACAAAAGAUAAAAAGUUUGGAUGUUGUCGGAAAAAUAAAAAGGGAGAUCCAGAAUCUGAAGCUUUUUCGCCACCCUCACAUCAUCAAAUUGUAUCAAGUGAUAAGCACACCCACAGACAUCUUCAUGGUAAUGGAGUAUGUGUCAGGAGGCGAACUCUUUGAUUACAUCGUCAAACAUGGCAAACUGAAGGAGCCCGAGGCCAGGCGAUUCUUCCAGCAGAUUAUUUCUGGAGUGGACUACUGCCAUCGACACAUGGUCGUCCACCGAGAUCUCAAACCUGAAAAUCUGCUACUGGACAGUAAUCUCAAUGUUAAAAUUGCUGACUUUGGGCUCUCAAACAUGAUGCAUGAUGGUGAAUUUUUACGUACGAGCUGUGGUUCCCCUAACUAUGCUGCCCCAGAAGUCAUCUCAGGAAAACUGUAUGCUGGACCAGAGGUAGACAUCUGGAGUUGUGGGGUUAUCCUCUAUGCCCUGCUGUGUGGAACGCUCCCAUUUGAUGAUGAACACGUGCCAACUUUAUUCAGGAAGAUUAAAUCUGGAAUAUUUGCUGUCCCUGAUUACCUGAACAAGGAGGUGGUCAGUCUGCUGUGUAUGAUGCUCCAGGUAGACCCCCUUAAACGGGCCACCAUAGCUCAGAUCAGGGAACAUGACUGGUUCCAGAAGGAUCUACCAUCUUACCUGUUCCCAUCCCCUCAAGACCAGGACGCCUCCAUUGUAGAAAUGGAUGUCAUACGAGAAAUUUGUGAGAAAUUUGGUGUGACUGAAUACGAAGUCCAGAGGGCCUUACUGAGCAAUGACCCGCAUGACCAGCUAAAUAUAGCCUAUCACCUGAUUGUGGACAAUCGGAGACUGGCCGGAGAAGGUGAUUAUGGAGUGUCCACCACUAGUACAUUUACAGAUGUAGAGUUACAUGAGUUCUAUCUGGCCUCCAGUCCUCCCCCUGACUCCUUCCUUCUGGCAAAGCAGUCUCAUAUACUGGGCACACCAACGCCCCAGGAACAUGCCACAAGUCCCAUGCGACCUCAUCCAGAAAGAAUGCCAGAGAUGAAGAAUACUUCCCAUACCUUAGAACCUAUUGUUAAUACAAAACAACUUGGUGCUCAGGCAAAGAAGGCCAAAUGGCAUCUAGGAAUUCGAUCACAAAGUAAACCACUAGACAUUAUGCAUGAAGUUUACAGAGCCAUGAAAACUUUAGACUAUGAAUGGAAGAUUGUGAACCCAUACCAUGUACGAGUCAGAAGAAAGAACCCAGUGACUGGUAGACAUUCUAAGAUGAGUCUACAGCUGUAUCAGGUGGACCAGAAGAGUUAUCUACUGGACUUUAAGAGUCUGUCUAAUGUGGAGAUCCAUGAGUCCAUGUCCUCCUCCUCCUCCGUUGAGUCCACUCGUAUGCCAAUGUCACCCCCCUCCUCCUGCUCAGAUCUUGAUCCGGCCACUGACACUGUCUUGUUAAUGCCUGAUCCAGCAGCCUCUGAAGCUCAAGUUAUCAAUAACCAUGAAUCUUCGACCAGUGAGAGUUUAGCUAGUAUCCUAGAUGAGAAGAUGGACAUAGAUGAAGAUCAGCCCAGACAGCACCAGACUCUGGAGUUCUUUGAGAUGUGUGCGAGUCUGAUCACAACGCUGGCCAGAUAGAGGGGAUGGCAGGCGGGGACAGAAACUGGCCAGAUAGAGGGGCCAGCAUGGACAGAAACUGUAUACCACGGACGGAAACUGUACACCAAAGGAUAGACAAUUAGUCCAUACUUAUAUAGAGAGACCAUCAGUCAAGUGGUGUAGUCUGAUAUUAACUCAUUCCUUCUUCUCUGUAUUUCUGUCAGUGUUGCAAGUGUAACAGCAAUGUUAAUGUUAAUAGUGUGCAAUAUGUGAUAGAUUUCAAAUACCAAACUUUUGUUACACAUUAUGUCUUAAAUUGCCAGUGAAUGUUGAUAUCACUAGUGAAGAAUUUUCAGUGUUUACAGAUGUGUAGAUGAGUUUUUAAUUGUCUGGAAAUUGUCUUGGAACAUUAUGUAGAAAGGAGUGUCUGUGAUAAAGUCCUCUGUGUUGUUUGUCUUAAGUUUAUUUUUGUCUUCUUUAUUCAACAGAUGUAUGCAUUUAAAAUGUGGAGCAUUUGUUGCUGUCAUUUACAUAUAUAUGUACUCGUUUUCUGCUUAGAAAUGAAUUUCAAGUAACACAAAUUAUUGUAGGAUGUCAGUAGUACAUGUAUUAUGCUUUCUGUCAGAACACAAUGUUGACAAAUGCUUUGGAUUUCCAUGGAAAUUACUUGACAAUUUAAUGUUUUAACAUAUAUUUGACUAUAUUCAAUAUCUUUUGAUCUGUGAGAGUAAUAAGAACUGUUUAUGUUGAAGCUUUAUUUUGUUAUAUUGUGCUCAGAUUUUUUUUAAUGUGAAGCAACGGAAAAUGAUGAAAUCUUGUUAAUAUGUUAAAUUAAAACUGAAACAACUAACAUUUGUUAAAGUGACUUUGAACUGGGUCCCAUGAUUUCUGCUGUAUUCCUGUAAUGAGAAGUAGACUCAAAUAGAAGCGUGCAUUAUAAUAUUAUAUCUGUUUGAACCCAUAUCUGUGGAUCAUAAAAUAUUAAACACAUGUACUUGAAGGAAGAAUACCCCCCCCCCUUGCUCAUCAGACAAAUAACAAUCGUCUUUCAAAAAAUUGAGAUCGAAAAUGGAAAUGAAACCAAUUUUAGAGUAGCAUUCUAACAGAUUGAUUUUUGUCAAUUUUUUGCAGAUUUAUCUCCCUUUCUGGGGGGGGGGGGGGGGGGGUUGUUCUUAAUCAGAUUUUUUUGUCCUGAAAGCAGGAAGAUUUGUAUGAGUUAUGCUUUUCCUGGCAGCUGAAUUCCACCUCGGAUUUCUGAGUUUGGGUCUGCCCUCAGGCAGCUAGGUUUUGUAAAUAUUUACAGCUUUGAUGAAAUGUAUUGUAGAAUUGAGAGAGGACAUUAGUUGAAGACAGUUUAAUAAGCACUGAUUCUCUUUGGUGCUUCUAUACAGUUUAAGUGGAAAUUUUAGCGAGGCACAAAUUUAGUAAUUUGUCCUUAAAAAUUGGUAUUUUAAUUUUAGAGAUGAGUAAUCUAGCAAUUCCAAAAUGCUCACUUAAGAAACUACAUAUCUAAAACAUAAGUAAUUUAUAGCAAUAUUCAAUUUUAGCAAUUUCAGCAACCUCACUAAUAAUGCCAAAAUUAAGUCCUUGCUAAAAAUUCUGCUUAUUCAGUAUUAAUUCCCUUUCAGAAAACUGAAUUAAAUAUAACCAUUUAAUAAUAUUAAAUGAUUUUAGAGAGAAAGAUUUCAAAUAUACAGUUGCUGCAAAUGACUGUUGGAUAAAUAGCAAAUCUUAUAAUAUUUAGUGGUUCAAACUUUGUCAUUUUAAUAUCAAAUGCUUUAUAUCCUAGUCUGGAACUUUUUUAUGCUUCCAAUAUUUAUGUUCGGAUUAUUAGUUUAUUACCAGUGAAUGGAAAAUUAUCUCUGACUGUUCUGUAAGAAGAUUGUUUUUCGUUUAUUUGAUUAUGCUUGCUGUUUAAAUCGUUCUAUCUUGAAUGACUUAGUUGUCAUACAAUAUUGUUAUCACUUGAAAUGUCACAGAGGCCAAACCUGAUGAUGUCUGGAGCUUCCUACUGUCCGCACUGUCAUGGAAACCAGACGUCAGCGAGUUUGGUUCCUGUUUAUAAUAGGGCUGAGGUUUUUGUUGUGAAUGUUUAUAUUAUAAUGGUUCAUAUUACAUAAAAUAAAGGCAUUCUCUUAAACUA